AUGACUAAUAUCGAUAAUAGAAAAUGUAAUUGUUCUAAUUGCAAUGAAAAACUAGACACGUUGGCUACUUUACAAAAAGAAUCCCUUAACGAAUUUACCAAAAUUAAUAUAGCAUCCCAAUCAAAAUCUCUUGUAAUAAAGCCUUAUACAUAUAUUCAUGAACAAAAAAGUUCUAAUUUUGAUCGCUAUGGUAAUCAAUAUCAAGGUCUUGAUACUAUUCUCGAGGAAGUCAAUAAAUCUUUAAAGGCAUUAAUUCUACCUGUAUCUUUACAAAAACAUUGGAGAAUAGCAGCACAUAAUUGUACGAAGUUUAUGAAGCUUCGUCGUAUAUUAUUUAAUAUGAUUGGGCAUAUGGAUAAUGAGUUAUCAGAAGGUCGAGCACAUCCAGACUAUAUAUUAGAGUCAUACCGAUUUCAAGUUCAUUUGUGUAAAACUAGGUUCUUGAAUCCUCAAGAUAAUAAUCGUGAUUUUAAAAGUCUUGAAAGGGAACAUCCACUUAGCGAACAGCUAAAAAAUUUUACAAAUUUAGCAUAUGAAAGAUGA